AUGACGAGAGUUUAUAUCACCGAAGAUGACCUAAAAGGCAUCAAAGAUAAAGUCAUUCUGAUCACAGGUAACCACCCCAUCCCCUCAACACCAUUGCAUCUAACAAGUAUAGGUGGAUGCUCCGGAAUCGGCAGAGCAACCGCCCAACUAUGUCUAGACCUAGGCGCAAAAGUAGUAGUUGGAGACGUGAAUCCACCUAAGCCCGAAUUCGCAAGCAACGAGAACCUGAAGUUCCUCAACGUCAACGUGACAGAAUGGGAAAGUCUACGCAACAUGUUCACCCAAGCAAUGGAAUGGUUCGGCCGCAUCGACCACGUCUUCGCCAAUGCAGGAAUCGCCCCAACGCCCAGCUUCCUAGAAGUGAAAUUCGAUGAAGAUGGCCAAGUUGAACCCCCGAAUCUCCGAGUCAUCAAUGUGAACUUCCUCGCGGUCAUCAAUACUAUUCACCUUGCACAUGCAUACAUGACGAAACUUGCUCCCGAGAACGCUGGAGUUGGUAGUAUUGUGCUCGCGGCAUCUGCUUCUUCAUUCCAGACCUUCAGUACUGGCGACUACACCAUUGCCAAGCACGGCGUUCUGGGUAUGCUCCGGGCUUUCGUUGAGCCUUUGGAAGGAAAAGUACGGAUUAAUGCGAUCGCGCCUUCAUGGACGGAUACUGGUAUUAUGCCGGCUGCUCUGCUCCAGAAGAUCAAUGUGGGCACUCAGACUCCGGAAGUGGUUGCCAGGAGUGUGGUCUUGCUCUUUGCGGAUGAGAAGAGACACGGGGAUGUUCUUUACAGUUGGGAUGGCAACUACCGGGAGAUUAAUAACUCGGAGGGUGGACUUUUGGAGAGUGCCGGUCAAUUGCUUGAUAAUACGGCCAGUGAGCAGAGUGCGGUUCUCAAGGUUCGGGCUGCUUUUUCGAAGGCUUCAUCGUGCAAUCGCCUGUGUAUGAUUCCCGUGGACGAAAGAAAAGAAACAACCGUUCAAGUCAACAUGUCCGGCUUUCCACUUCAGUACCCAAAAGGCCGCGAGUUGACGGGUGGAGACCUACUAGCCCAAUCCCUGAAGCAGCUUGGCGUGGAAGUUGCAUUUGGACUCCAUGGCGGCCAUCUAGAUGCUUUUUUAAUGGGAUGCGAGAGCAUCGGAAUUCGCCUUGUCGAUACUCGACACGAGACGGUGGCUGUCCAAGCUGCAGAGGGGUAUUGUCGGAUCAGUACAAAGCCUGGCGUCUGCUUUGUCACUGCCAACAGUGGGACCGCCCUAUCUCAUGGCGACUACACGGUCGGAUGGAUAUGCGCCCUGCCAAUAGAGAUGGCGGCUGCAAAGCUGAUGUUGGACACAAUCCAUCCAAGCCUGCCGAGUCCAUCAACCGAUCAUAACACCUAUAUCGUUGGAAACAUCGGAGAGCAUAACAUUGUCAUUGCCUGUUUACCAGGCGGCGCAUAUGGCAUAGUAUCAGCUGCAACGGUGGCGAUGCAUUUACUAUCGAGCUUCCACUCUAUCCGCUUCGGUCUGAUGGUCGGUAUUGGUGGCGGUGUACCAAGCAGCAACGCAGAUAUUCGACUAGGCGAUAUCGUGGUGAGCCAGCCAAGGGAUACAUAUGGAGGCGUGAUCCAAUACGAUCUUGGAAAAGUGUUACACGACGGUCGAUUCCAGCGGACUGGGAUGUUAAACCGGCCCCCGAAGGUUCUGCUAACCGCUCUCGCUACACUGCAAGCCCAUCACCUUACAGAAGAUAGUCAAGUCAACGAGUUCAUAUCCAACAUCCAUACCAAAACAACAUCUCGUAAAGCUGCCAACUUCACUCGUCCCACCCAAGAGGACUGCCUAUACCAAGCAGAAUAUGAUCAUAGUGCAGCUGAUACAUGUGCGGAUUGUGACCGAUCGAAACUGACUCACCGACCUUUACGAGACCAUCACGAACCACUGAUUCACUAUGGACUAAUCGCAUCCGCAAACCAGGUGGUAAAAGAUGGCAGACGGCGAGACCAACUGGCACAGGACUUGGGGGUAUACUGUGUGGAGAUGGAAGCGGCGGGGCUGAUGAAUGACUUUCCAUGCGUGGUCAUUCGAGGCAUUUGUGACUAUACUGACUCACACAAGAAUAAGGAAUGGCAAGGAUUUGCAGCAGCAGUCGCGGCAGCCUAUGCUAAAGAGCUGCUUCUAGUGGUUCCAAUCAAUCAGGUCAAUGAUACACCCACAGCACAAGACACUCUCGCAAACUCUGAAAACUUUGUGGGGCGGCAAGCCGAGCUAGACCACCUAUGGCAGUAUCUACAACCAACACAUUCUCCAUCACGAAAAGUCGCGAUUCUUCAUGGACUUGGUGGCAUGGGGAAAACACAGUUAGCAGUCCGUCUCGCGCGAAAACACCAACACGAUUUCACUGCUGUCUUUUGGCUAAGUGGCAAAGACCGAGUCACGCUCUUACAAUCGUUGAGCUCUGUCUUACCUCGGAUACCGGGGAGACCCCUGACGAACGGGGCAGUCAAUAAUGAGGAGCUAGAAAAACGAGCUAGAGAAGUGUUGCAGUGGCUCGCAAAGGAUGGUAAUAAUCGCUGGCUAAUAAUUUUCGACAACAUUGAUCAGUAUUCUCCAACCGAUAGCGGCGUCGGGAAUGCAUACGACAUUGGAAAGUUCUUUCCCGCAGCAGAUCAAGGCUCUAUUCUCAUCACUUCUCGACUCCCCGGUCUCACUGAACUAGGAAAGUCCGUUCCAGUACAGAAACUUAGCUCUGCGGAAGCUACUCAACUUCUUUUAGAGAAGAGCGGCUUGUCGGAGAAGAACACCAUUAGGCAGUUUAAGAGCAGUCCAGAUACCCUUGCCCUUACUCGGCGUCUCGAUGGGCUGCCAUUAGCAAUUGUCAUCGCUGCGGCAUUUAUGCGUCAGACUGGUACUAGUAUCGCUCAGUACUUGACCUAUUACCAACAAUCAUGGUCUAAUCUACAGUUACAAUCAAGUCCUGAACGUCAGUAUCAGCAAGGCAACAUAUUACAAACAUGGGAGAUCUCGUAUAAUGAGAUUCGGAAUCGAGCCCCAAACGCAGCAAAGCUGCUACUCCUACUUGCGCAUUUUGAUAAUCGAGAUAUUUGGUAUGACUUGGUUCAGUCUGCUUCUAAUAGCUCCGAUGUACCAGACUGGCUCAAAAGUGCCAUAUCAGAUGAACUCGCGUUCAAACUUGGUAUAAGGCCCAUUUUAGAAUUUUCUCUUCUUGAGAGCAACCAACAAGACGGAAGCUAUACGAUGCAUCCUGUGGUACAGGACUGGUGCUACCACAUGACCGCUAUAGACACCAAUGUGAAUCCCAUCCAGCUGUCCGAGCUAGCAUUAAUAUGUAUUGGAUACUCAGUUCCGAGUAUGAUUGAUCACAACUAUGCAGAGCUUGAGCGACGACUUCUUCCACAUGCAGCUGCUUUGCAGAAUAAGCAAUUAUCUUCCGACAAUAUUGCUUUCUGGGGAGGAUUUCAUGGACUUGGCAAUCUCUACAGAAAACAAGUGAAGCUAAAAGAGGCAGAGGCGAUGUACCAGCGAGCACUAGCAGGCUAUGAGAAGGCCCUCGGGAAGCUGAAAGAGGCAGAGGCGAUGUACCAGCGAGCGCUAGCAGGCUAUGAGAAGGCCCUCGGUCCAGAUCAUACAUCCACUCUCGAUAUAGUUAACAACCUUAGCAAUCUCUACUCUAAUCAAGGGAGGCUGAAAGAGGCAGAAGUGAUGUACCAGCGAGCUCUAGCAGGCUAUGAGAAGGCCCUCGGUCUAGAUCAUACAUCCACUCUCAAUUCAGUCCACGGCCUUGGCAUUCUCUACUCUAAUCAAGGGAAGCUGAAAGAGGCAGAGGUGAUGUACCAGCGAGCACUAGCAGGCUAUGAGAAGGCCCUUGGUCCAGAUCAUACAUCCACUCUCAAUUCAGUCAAUAACCUUGGCAAUCUCUGCAGAGAUCAAGGGAAGCUGAAAGAGGCAGGGGUGAUGUACCAGCGAGCACUAGCAGGCUAUGAGAAGGCCCUCGGUCUAGAUCAUACAUCCACUCUUAAUUCAGUCCACUGCCUUGGCAUUCUCUACUCUGAUCAAGGGAAGCUGAAAGAGGCAGAGGCGAUGUACCAGCGAGCACUAGCAGGCUUUGAGAAGGCCCUCGGUCUAGAUCAUACAUCCACUCUCAAUUCAGUCAAUAACCUUGGCAAUCUCUGCAGAGAUCAAGGGAAGCUGAAAGAGGCAGGGGUGAUGUAUCAGCGAGCACUAGCAGGCUUUGAGAAGGCCCUCGGUCUAGAUCAUACAUCCACUCUUAAUUCAGUCCACUGCCUUGGCAUUCUCUACUCUGAUCAAGGGAAGCUGAAAGAGGCAGAGGUGAUGUACCAGCGAGCACUAGCAGGCUAUGAGAAGGCCCUCGGUCCAGAUCAUACAUCCACUCUCGAUAUAGUCAACAACCUUGGCCUUCUGUACUCUGAUCAAAAGAAGCUGAAAGAGGCAGAGGCGAUGUACCAAGCCGCGCCGUCGAACAGUCCUGUUCUUCUCGAUUUUCCUAUCGAUGUACUAUUCUCUCCAAUCCAUCCCAAACUCAUCUCUUGGGGAUCUAUUGCAUCUCCCCCGACAUAUCCACCAGGUCCAUAUCCUGCUGCCAUCGAUGAAGCGGCUCGACUAAUCCGCGCCGCAAAGCGUCCUGUGAUCAUCACAGGAACAGGCGCCAUCAACCUUCCAGCACGAGAGAGUCUCUUCAAGCUAGCGGAAACAUGCAAUAUCCCAGUCUUCAACAGCUCAAAAUACGCUAUUUUCCAUCCACAAUAUAUCAUGCUUUCAACCGGAAUGUUUCUCGGUGGCAAAAGCGGUGCAAUAAUCCCCAAAGACUGCACACUCAUUCAAGUCGACUGUGAUGGCGGCGAAAUUGGUCGCACAUUACCCGUCGCACUGGGAAUCGUUUCAGAUGUCGAAGCGUUUUCCAUGGCGAUGAACGCCAAGCUCGGAACUGCGUACCAAGGCUCUAUCGAUAAAGCAUGGGUUCAAUCGGCUCUGAACCUAUCUUCUACCGAAUCACCUUUUGAGAAAGAUCCUACGGAAACAGCGAGCCUUCUUCAUCCUUACCAUGCUCUGAAAUCCCUCUUCUCCGCUAUUGAGCCAGGAAGUAUCAUUGUGCUAGACGGUGGGGAAGCAGGAGCUUGGGCAGGUGACCUCGCACCGCGUUGCCAACCUAGUACUGUCAUCAGCUCAACAGGCUAUCUUGGGUUUCUCGGGAACGGCUUUGGAUAUACACUCGGCAGUGCUAUUGCAGCACCUGAUCGCAAAGUCGUUAAUAUCCAGGGUGACGGGUCUGCAGGGCUCCACAUGAUGGAGCUUGACACAUACAAGCGGUUCAACUUGAGCGUUAUGACUGUUGUGGUUAACAAUUCUGCUUGGGGUAUGAGUAUCAACGGACAGGAUUUGGUAUAUGGAAACAGUAACACGGCACGUCCGAUCAGCUCUCUGAAUCCUGAAACUAAGUACGAGGUUGUCGCAAAAGGUUUGCAGAACGCUGCCGCGAAAGUGACCCGGAUUUCCGAAAUUCCAAGCACUGUUGUCAAUCUCCAGGGACGGACGGGUCCAAGUUGCAUUGAGCUUGUUGUGGAUCGGAAACCGACCCAUCCUAUUACGACUAUGAUGGUCGGGCUGACUGAUAGCCCAGAUUCGGUUGUCGUGCCAUACUAUGAUAAUAUUCCACGGGCUUACUAUAAGUUAUAA